AUGGUCCCGCAGGGCAGCCUCCGUGAGUUCUAUCUCCCGAUCACAGCCUUCAAUGUUGGGAAAGACACCAAGAAUGGAUUUUACCCGCAGAACAACCAGAUCUGCAUCCAUGUGAACGAAUUCCUCAAAGAUGGUUACCGCGUUUCUGCAGAAUCCAUUGAAGUCCGCUUCCCUCAUGUGGAUGGGAGCCGGGUGAUAAACGAUGGAACGGUCGGAAUCACCGACGGCUACUGCAAGUUGAUCAUCAUGACCGGUGUUUUGGUGAUUGCCCACAGCCUAGAACUGCCACGGGAGGAGCUUGACCGAGAUGAUGUUGAACGUGUGUUCAAGUCCUUUCGGCAUGUGAGGUGCAGCUACACCCACUAUGCCAACCCUUCACACCAUCACUUGCACGCCCUGAGGAUCGGACAUGUGACGUCCGAAAAGCAGGCACCAAGUGCCCUGGACUAUUUGGGUAGCAUGCAGCAGGCGGUUGACCUAGAACGUCGGGCUAGUAAACCAGGAACUUCCACUGCAUUGCGGGAUGUUUUGGGCCGCUGCAUUGCGGAGUACAACCGCAUGUGCAGCAACAAGCGCCACAAGAUUGACACAGACAAAAAAAAAAUGAUCCUGAAUCUGCUCCGUCUUGACGAGCCCGCACAAGCGGCGAUCCACAAGCACUAUGAUUUGUUCCCCCAUGCUCUGUCAGGAUUGCCACUCAGCCUGCUGCAAGCAGAUUGGUGGGUGCCGGGAUCAACUGCCAGGGCAGA